AUGGCCGAAUUACCGCAUAGCAUCCCGGCUGUUGAUAUGAUCAAUGCGACCUCGCGUCUUCAAUUGGAAGCUGCUGAAGUUCGUGCCAACAAGCCAAGUUGGGGAUCGUAUUUCCGAUCACAAAUGAUACCACAAGAAGACUAUAACUUCAUCACCGCUUAUGAAGGAGCCAAGACCAAGGAAGAACGCGAUCAAGUUUUGGCCGCGAAUGACGCGAACGGACAAGCCGCUAAAACAAUCGUCAACUUGAUCACCCAAGUUGCAAAAGACCAGAACGUGCGCUACGUUCUAACUCUCUUCGACGAUAUGCUCCAGGAGGAAAAAUCUCGCGUUGAGAUCUUUCACGCUGCUGCUCAACGUCAAAAGAGGACCGUUUGGUCGCAAUUCAUUGGAAUUCUCCAACGCCAAGACAACUUCAUUGUUAAUCAAAUGAGCUCCAUCAUUGCAAAACUCGCUUGCUUUGGAUCCGCUAGAAUGGAAGGACAAGAACUGAAUUAUUAUUUCUCGUUCCUUAAAGAUCAGCUCAAGAAUUCGUCUACCAACGAUUACAUGAACACCACUGCUCGCUGUUUGCAAAUGAUGCUCCGCAUUGACGAAUACAGACAUGUGUUUGUCGAAUCCGAUGGAGUUCAAGCUUUGGUUUCUGCUCUCAACGGAAAAACCAACUUCCAGCUUCAAUACCAAUUGAUUUUUGCUGUUUGGUGUCUUACAUUCAAUGCCGAGAUCGCUAGAAAAACGCCAACACUCGGUGUCAUUCAAGCUCUUGGAGAUAUUCUCGCCGAGUCGACCAAGGAAAAAGUCAUUCGGAUCAUUCUCGCCACCUUUGUCAACAUUUUGACCAAGGUUGAAGAGCGUGAGAUCAAGAGAGAAGCUGCUCUUCAGAUGGUUCAGUGCAAGACAUUGAAAACUCUCGAAUUGAUGGAUGCUAAAAAAUAUGACGAUCCAGAUCUUGAGGAAGAUGUGAAAUUCUUGAAUGAAGAAUUGAUGUCGUCGGUUCACGAUUUGAGCUCAUAUGACGAAUAUUAUGCCGAAGUUAGAUCCGGACGCCUUCAAUGGUCGCCUGUGCACAAAUCGGAUAAGUUCUGGCGUGAAAAUGCUCCAAGAUUCAACGACAAACAAUUUGAAGUUGUCAAGAUUCUUAUCAAGCUUUUGGAAACUAGCCAGGACCCGUUGAUUCUGUGCGUUGCAGCCCAUGAUAUCGGAGAAUACGUCAGACAUUACCCAAGAGGAAAAACUGUCGUUGAACAAUAUCAGGGAAAGCAAGCUGUUAUGAGAUUGUUGACCGCUGAAGAUCCGAAUGUUCGCUAUCAUGCUCUCCUCGCGGUUCAAAAGCUGAUGGUCCAUAACUGGGAAUACCUCGGAAAACAACUUGACACUGAGCCACAAGGGGAAACCGUAGCUGUCAAGUAA